AUGAAACUAGGAGCUCUGUUCCAGUUUCCAGUCCAGCUGAGGCCUCCAGAGUGGAUGGAAGGAGAUGAUUUUAACACAGAAGCUGUGAUGAAUAUCUGUGAUGACCUGAUGGCAGAUCAGAGGAUGGACAUCUCGUCGACCAUGUCAGACUUCAUGUCCCCGGGCUCCACUGAUCUCAUCUCCAGCUCCAUCAGCACGCCCGGCAUGGACUACACCCGCAAGAGGAAGGGCAGCACCACAGACUACCAAAUUGAUGGCUUCUCUUUUGAUGACAUGGACCCGGACAAGGACAAAAUGGGCAGUGACCAACAUGGCCGGAUUAAAAAUGCCAGGGAGGCUCACAGUCAGAUUGAAAAGCGGCGUCGGGACAAAAUGAACAGUUUCAUCGAUGAGCUGGCUUCACUGGUGCCCACCUGCAACGCUAUGUCCCGCAAACUGGACAAACUCACCGUGCUGCGCAUGGCCGUCCAGCACAUGAAGACUCUCAGAGGUGCUGCUAACCCGUACACAGAAGCAAACUACAAGCCUUCAUUUCUCACAGACGAUGAGCUCAAGCACUUAAUAUUACGAGCGUCGGAUGGGUUCCUCUUCGUGGUUGGCUGUGAUCGUGGAAAAAUUCUCUUUGUGUCUGAAUCGGUCUACAAGAUUUUAAACUAUAGUCAGAAUGACUUGAUCGGUCAGAGCCUGUUCGACUACCUUCAUCCCAAGGACAUCGCAAAAGUCAAGGAGCAGUUGUCGUCCUCUGACACAGCGCCACGUGAGAGGCUCAUUGAUGCCAAGACUGGUCUUCCUGUUAAGACUGACAUCACCCCCGGACCCUCUCGACUCUGCUCAGGUGCGAGACGGUCGUUUUUCUGCAGAAUGAAGUGCAACAGGCCGUCCGUCAAAGUGGAGGAUAAAGACUUCCCUUCGACCUGCUCCAAGAAGAAAGCUGAUCGGAAGAGCUUCUGCACCAUCCACAGCACGGGCUACCUGAAAAGCUGGCCACCCACCAAAAUGGGCCUCGAUGAAGACAAUGAGCCAGACAACGAGGGCUGCAAUCUCAGCUGUUUAGUGGCCAUUGGUCGGUUACACCCUCACAUCGUCCCCCAGCCCAGCCUCGCAGACAUCCGGGUCAAGCCCACAGAAUACGUCUCCAGACACGCCAUCGACGGAAAGUUUGUCUUCGUCGACCAGAGAGCAACAGCAAUCCUCGCCUACCUGCCCCAAGAGCUGCUUGGGACGUCCUUCUACGAAUAUUUCCACCAGGACGACAUUAGUCAUCUGGCAGAGUGUCACAGACAAGUCCUGCAGAUGAGGGAGAAAAUCAACACUAAUUGUUACAAGUUUAAAAUAAAAGACGGCUCCUUCAUCACGCUCCGUAGCCGCUGGUUUAGCUUCAUGAAUCCCUGGACGAAGGAGGUGGAGUACAUCGUAUCUACAAAUACAGUUGUGUCGUGUGCGAUGAUAGAAGGGUCGGAUUACCCCCAGUCUGCGGCCUCCCCACAGAGUAUGGACAGUGUUCUCACAUCAGAGGGCGGGGGACGGCGAGCCUUUCCAGUGCCUGGAAUCCCAGGAGGGACGAGGGCAGGGGCUGGCAAGAUCGGGCGCAUGAUCGCCGAAGAAGUCAUGGAGAUUCAGAGGAUGCGAGGAUCCUCUCCUUCCAGUUGCGGCUCUAGUCCUCUGAACAUCACCAGCACCCCACCUCCAGACACCUGCUCACCUGGAGGAAAAAAGAUUCAAAAUGGAGGGACGCCUGAGCUGCCGAUCAUUCCUGGACCCGACUCUGUGGGCUACCCAUACUCGAACCAAUCCAUUAUGAGUGACAACUCUCACCUCAGUAUAGACAUCAUAGACGAGCCGGGAUCCAGCAGUCCCAGUAACGACGAGGCGGCUAUGGCUGUCAUCAUGUCCCUGUUGGAGGCAGACGCAGGGCUGGGUGGUCCCGUGGACUUCAGCGACCUGCCCUGGCCUUUGUAA